CGCUGUGAUGACGCCACGACGCUGACGCCUGAGGAUGGCGGCGGCUGCGGCGGCGGCGGCGGCGGGUGCCGUAACCGCAGCCCGGAGAGGGUCAGCACAGGUGCUCAGACGCCAAAGAGCCCGCCGCCCGUGCGAGGUGUAGACGGGGCACUGCCUGCAGAGCAGGUCCUGCCAGCCUCGCUAGAGAGGAUGCCCCCGUGUCCGUGAUGGGCUGUGGGACAAGCAAGGUCCUUCCCGAGCCGCCCAAGGAUGUCCAGCUGGAUCUGGUCAAGAAGGUGGAGCCCUUCAGUGGCACUAAGAGUGAUGUAUACAAGCACUUCAUCACAGAGGUGGAAAGUGUUGGCCCUCUCAAAGCUGGCUUCCCAGCAGGCAGUCAACGUGCCAACCCCUGCCCUGGUGCCCCCACUACCGGCCGCACAGAGCCUCCCUCAGAACCACCACGCAGAGCCAGGGUGGCUAAGUACAGGGCCAAAUUCGACCCACGCGUGACGGCCAAGUAUGACAUCAAAGCUCUGAUUGGCCGAGGCAGCUUCAGCCGGGUGGUACGUGUGGAGCAUCGGGCAACCCGGCAGCCAUAUGCCAUUAAGAUGAUUGAAACCAAGUACCGGGAGGGGCGGGAGGUGUGUGAGUCAGAGCUCCGUGUGUUGCGCCGGGUGCGUCACGCCAACAUCAUCCAGCUGGUGGAGGUGUUUGAGACACAGGAGCGCGUGUACAUGGUGAUGGAGCUGGCCACUGGUGGAGAGCUCUUUGACCGCAUCAUCGCCAAGGGUUCUUUCACUGAGCGUGACGCCACUCGGGUGCUGCAGAUGGUGCUGGAUGGCGUCCGGUAUCUGCACGCACUGGGAAUCACACAUCGAGACCUCAAGCCUGAGAAUCUGCUCUACUACCAUCCAGGCACUGACUCCAAGAUCAUCAUCACCGACUUUGGCCUGGCCAGUGCCCGCAAGAAGGGUGACGACUGCCUGAUGAAGACUACGUGUGGCACACCCGAGUAUAUUGCCCCUGAGGUCUUGGUCCGCAAGCCCUACACCAACUCCGUGGACAUGUGGGCACUGGGCGUCAUUGCCUACAUCCUGCUCAGUGGCACCAUGCCCUUUGAGGAUGACAACCGCACCAGGCUGUACCGGCAGAUCCUCAGGGGCAAGUACAGUUACUCUGGAGAGCCCUGGCCCAGCGUGUCCAACUUGGCCAAAGACUUCAUUGACCGCCUGCUGACAGUGGACCCCGGCGCCCGUAUGACUGCAUUGCAGGCCCUGAGGCAUCCGUGGGUGGUGAGCAUGGCAGCCUCUUCCUCUAUGAAGAAUCUGCACCGUUCCAUCUCCCAGAACCUCCUCAAACGUGCCUCCUCGCGCUGCCAGAGCACCAAAUCUGCCCAGUCCACACGUUCCAGCCGCUCUACACGCUCCAACAAGUCGCGCCGAGUGCGAGAGCGAGAGCUUCGGGAGCUCAAUCUGCGUUACCAGCAGCAGUACAAUGGCUGACCCACCUGGCUGGGGAGCAGACAUGGCAUGGCCUCAGCCUGGCCACACAUUGCUGUGCCAUCUGGGCCCGACACCUUCUCUAGAGAUAAGCCUGUACGGUCAGUGGUAGGUGAAUGGCCCCAGCCCCUUUUCCCUGCCUUCAGGGCUCCCAUCUUCACUCUGGGCCUGUGCCUGGCACAACAAAGUGGAGGGAGCCCAGGAGGCUCUGAGCCCUCUGAACUGGGAGCUUGGCCUGGCCCUGAUGUUCCAUUUGGUGGGCAACUGCUCUGGUACAAAUUGGGGGAAAGGCAGGACCUGGCCUUCAGCCUUCUCACCUCUUGGCUCUUCCUCAGAUCAAAAGGGCAUGCAGUGCCAGAGAAGGGUGUCCUGUAUUCCCAGGACUCUUUGGGACAGUUACUUCUGAAAUCCCCUCUUUGCUCCACCAAGCCUUCCUCCCUGGCUCCCCACAUUCCAUGGCAUCCUGAUCUCAUGAUUCUGCUCCAGUGAGAGGCCCAGGUAGGCACACAGCUUGUGCCAUGGUUGGUCUCUCAACCCCUAGCUAAGUCUGAAUACCCCUCCACUUCCCAGCGAACUUCUUUCAUGGUGCCCCCAGGGACCCCUCCCCACCCCAGGCUUCCCAGGGUCUCUGGGGGUAGGGCCAUGGUAUGGUCCUUGGCCCUCUGGACUGUGUGGCCAUGUUGGUAGCAGGCUUGCUCCAGGCUCCAGCCUCUCUCUGACUGUGAGAGUUUGCCCACCAGCCUACCACUCUCAGUGCCUCCUUUGCAGAGCCUGUCACUUCCCUCUCCCCCUUGGAAGCCCAUUCUGUUCCCCAAGUGCCUCCUUCCCAACUGUGGGGGAUUAAAAGGAGCCCCACUGCUGCUACCUGGGGGAUGGGGGCACCUGGGCCAAAGCAAAGGGCAGGGCUUCGCGGGGAGAGCACAGUCAGAAUUCCAGCGUCAGCCCUAGCUCCACUCUUGUUUGUUACUGCCAGUUGCCUCUCCAGGCUCUGCUGUUCCCUCCUUUGCAGCUGCAUGAAGGUGCCAUCUAGUGUUUGGUACAAGUAUGGGCAGCCUAGGAAUGACUCCUCCUCUCCCUUUAUCCUCUAAGAGGAAGUGGGAAGAAAGGAGCUGCUGUAUUGAGGGAGGAUGCCCCGGCUGCUCAACUCUCUCCCCUUCUGCUGAGCUUCUGCACAGCUCGCCCUGGAACUUAGCCAUACUGUGUGACCUGCCUCUGAACCCUGAGUGCCUGGGGCAUUGGCCUUCUCACUGGUAGCCUUGCUCAGUCCAGUCUGUCCCUGCUUCUUUUCACAGCAUUACCGUUUUAGUCUGGGCCCCACUGAAUCUCAAGACUGUGGAACUGGGUGGCUGCUUUCCCAGAGGUCUGAGCCAGACUCCUCUUCUCAGUCAUGGUACCUCUUCACCACCACACACGGGGUGGAACCCAAGCCCUCUCCCUCCACAGCUGCUUUCAGUGGGUAGGAAGGAGCCAGGGCCCAGCUUUAGCCUUAGCUGGACUUCAGGGCCCCUGUCAGCAAGGAGGGUUUGGCCCUCAGUUCUUCCCAGUACCCUUGGGCUGGGCUGUCUUCUUUUUGCAUGUGCCACCUCCAGUGGGAAACCAAGCCCAAAGAGACCACUCUGGGCCACAUAAUCCAUGCUUUGUGCACCCUCUUCUUCUGUCCCCAGUGCUCCUAGCACAAGGCAGUGGAAAGCCCAAUCCCUAUGGCCUCAGAAUUCCUACCACUUUCCCAAGUGCCUCUGGGGGCCUGAAGCCUUGGGGAUUUAUUUCCUCUCUUGGCCAGGAUGGGCCUGGUCCUGAGGGUAGGAAGUGGAAGUUUGGAGACUUGGGCCUUUACACCAUGGACUGUGGAUGGAGAAUGUGCAGUUAUUUAUUUCGUGUACUCAGUUUGUAAUGUAUCCUCUGUACUCAAUAAACAGGCUGCCUUCCCCCAGGAAGGCUGCCCAUUCAUUUUGAUAGCCCAGUCUCCUUGCUCUGGGCCAAGGGGUUGCCCAGGAGGAGGCGGGAGCGGGGCCUAGCCUGGACAUGGCUAGUCCAGGAGGAUCCUGACUCCCUCAGUAACUGCCGGGCCAGAAGACAAAGUCCAUGUAGGGAGUGGGACCCCCAAAAGCCUCUCCUUUUCCCUGAUCCAGGAGGACAGACAGGAAUAUACAAGAGGACAGGGCCUGGGGUCUUUAUUGGACUGAGAUGGGGAGAGGGCCUGUGGCAGGCUCAGUUGUAGGCUAUGACCUGAUUGAUCCAGGUGUUGAACUUGCUAACCCGAGUGUACACAGCAGGCGCAUACACGUUGCAGUUACUGGUGCCCCAGGAGACGAUACCAAUAAGCACCCACGUGUUUCCCUUCUGGCAGACAAGCGGGCCUCCAGAGUCACCCUGAUGGAAGGAGAGGGGAAAAGUCAGCAUGGGAGUUCAGGGUGCCUCAGGACAAUGCAGAGGACGAGACAGGGUGUCGGCGCUCACCUGGCAUGAGGAGGCUCCUGAGGCCCCUGCACAGAUCAUGGAGUUAGUGAUGCGGGAGCCCCAGUACUGCUGGCACUGACUCACGGUGACCAAGGGCAGAACCGCUUGCUGCAGGCGUGCUGGAGUCACAUUGCCUGUAGGCCGGGAAGGGGUGGUUAGGCCCCAAAUGGCUUGUCCCUAGCCUGCUUUCCCAUCCAGAUCUUUGGCCCAAGAUCCUACCCACGCCACUGAGGCGGCCCCAGCCGGUGGUGACACAUGUGAGGCCUUCGGGCAGCGCCUCAUUUGAGGAAGCCAGGCAAACUGGUGAGAUGCGUGUUGUGUACUGGGCUGGGGAGGCGAGCUUCAGUAGAGUCAGAUCAUUGUUCAUGGUAGUAGGGUUCCAGGAAGGGUGCGUGAUGGCCUGUGGAUCCAGGAAGGGACCAUAUAGGAUGGGGAUGGGCACAGGUCCCCAAGUUGAUGGGUGCUGAGGGCGCUGGCCCAGGGUGUGCCCUGAACUCCUCACCCUCAGAGCCCACACACCUGCACUGCCCAUUCUUCCUUGUCCGCAGCCCAGGCACUUACCUGAGAGAUGGACAGAACCUGCAAAGGCUCAGUGCUGGAUGAUAGGUCAUACUCUCCCAGGAUGACAAAGUGACGGCCAGGGCUGCAGUGAGAGUGGGGUUGGGCAGCCACAGGGAGGGCAGAGUGACAAGAGAGAGGCCUCCAGGGCAAGGAAGUGGGAGGUGGGGGCUGGGGCAAGGCAGGUAGAGGGGAAGCACUCACACGACAUUGCAGUGGGCAGCGGUGACCACCCAGGACUGGCUGAUGAGGGAACCACCGCAGAAGUGGAAGCCGUUGCUGUCCUGGGGUCAGGGGUCAGAAGUGGGGGUGGGCCCAGGCUACACCCAGGCAUGAAACCCCUAGGACUCUGCCCCACCUCCAGGGUUCAUGUACCUGCAGGGACACCUGCCAGGGCCAGGAGCCUGGCACUGCGUUCUCUCCAUUGACAAUCCGCUGGUUGAAGUUCAGCGCCGGUUUGAUGGCAGGAACGCCGCAGCCUGGCCAUUGGGCUGGUGAGGACCUGCUUCCCACAUCCCAACCCACCUCUCCUCCUCCUGGGUGCCCCCAGGCUGCCCCCUGUAGGGGUCCAAAUCAAGAGGGCUCCUCACUACACUUUCCUUCUCUGAGCACCUCCGGGCCUCUCUAGCUACCUCACUUGCCCCCAUCCAGUCAGUCCCCAAGUUCUGUCCAUUCUCCCACAUCUCUCUCCAAACUACUCCCCAGCUCCACCCAACUCCCCAGCCUAGGCUAUUUUUCUCCAUGGUCCCUAGGACCGUCUCCUUCCUAGCCUCCACCGCCUCUGGCAACCUCAACAGUCUGUACCUCACAUGUAGCCGGAGGGCUUUUCCUAAAUUAUGAGUCCAGCCUUCACUUCUCAGCUUUCUAAACCCUGAGACUGGCUUCUGCCCACCUCUUUUCUCCCAACCCUGGCACAUCUUUUUUCCUUUGCCCACUCCAUACACCUGUUUCCCUUCUAGCCAACCUGGCCACUUCCCUGAGCUCCUGUGCUAGUGCUAGGAGCUGGAUUGCCUGAAGGCCAUUGAGUCAGGCAUGCCAGGCCCACUCACCCCAGGAGGAGCUGAGAAGGACCAAGCUAAGGGUCAGGCUGAGCAGCAACAUUGUGGUACAAAUGAGGUUGGAAACUGGGCCUGACUUUAUGGGUUUCCUUGUCCUUGGGCUAAAAUCCUGGGACUGAAGCCAGGCAGCUGCAGAGGUUUAUCCCCUUCCCACACGCUAGCCAGGAGGAGGGUCUCAUUAGGCCAAGGCCCCCCACCCAGGCAGGCCUUGACUUAUCAGACAGAUUCCAGGUGUGAGGCUCUCACCUCCACCCCCCAAAGCCUGGCCUGCGAUUGGCUCCCUGAAAAACCUCACAUCCCAAGUACUGAGCACCAGGUACGUAUGGCUUAUGCUUAAGCUUAUCGUGACCACCUGGUGGCAGAGAUCAGGAAAGUCUCUCAGGGCUGUCAGAAGCAUCAGACUCAGAUAAGCCUGCCCAGCACCCAGGAGUGUUCCUGAGUGGUGCACAGAAUGUCCAGCUAUAGCAGCUCUGCUGUGGAGGGCCAAGACCAUGUGGCCACCAGGUCAGGGGCUCUGGCGGGUUGUGAAUCCUAACAUAUCAUCUCAGUAAUUCCUUAUCAUCUUGGAACAGGAGUGGCAGUUUGCACAGAGAGAUGAUGACUCUCCUGCCUUUUGGUGACUUUGGACCCAAACCUUCAUUUAUUGGGUGCCAAAGCCCACACUCUGUGAUGAGAUGCUGUGUGGGAGGGGCCUCGUGCACAGGAAGGCAAGGUAUGAGCUCUUGGUGACUAGCCAACCCUGGAUGGAGGUCACGAGUCAGCUAUCAAAUCUCUGACAGCCUCCAGGCCUUGGAGCUCCCAUGGACAAACCUCUGAUAUCUACCUCCAUCAUAGUAGAACUCCAAGCUGACGCUGAAGUGAAGGAGAGAAGACACCCUGUGUGCAAAGUUGCAACAGGUAAAUUGACUUGCCUCCUUCUAGGGGUGUGAGGGCUUCAACUGAUUUAAGAACUCAUCAUAAGAUGAGUUAAUUGUUGACUAGAGGGGUGGAUAGAGAUCUGAUAAAGCAAAUAUAACAAAAUACUAACUGUAAAGUCUGUGGUGGGUAUAUCAGUGUUCAGUGUACAAUUCUUUCAAUGUUUAUGUUUUUAAAAUCUUCAUAAUAGGGAGUUCCCUCCGUGGCUCAGCAGUUAACGAAACCGACUAGGAUCCAUGAGGAUACGGGUUUGAUCCCUGGCCUCACUCAGUGAGUUAAGGAGCUGGCAUUGCCUUGAGCUGUGUGUAGGUCCCAGAUGUGGCUCGGAUCCUAUGUUGUUGUGGCUGUGGCAUAGGCUGGCAGCUGUAGCUCCAGUUCAACCCCUAGCUGGGAACCUCCAUAUGCCUCGGGUGCAGCU